AUGCCGUCCAAGCCUGCCCCCAUCAAGAAGGCUCCCAGCAAAGAACCAGCCAAGAAGGAGGAGGCCCCCGAGCCCGCACCUGCAGAGCCCGCACCCGCAGAGCCCGCGGCCGCAGAGGAGGCUGCACCCGCCCCUGCGGAGGAAGCACCUGCCACGGCCGAAGCUGCACCCGCUGACGGUGAAGCUGCCCCUGAGGAACCCAAGGCACCCACCCCCCCUCCACCUCCACCCAAAGAGCCCACCAGCGCUCCCCUGGAUCUGUUCAUCGAGGACAAGAAUGACACUUCUGUUACCAUUAUCUGGAGCCAGCCGGAGGUGGUGGGAGCCGCUGGUCUGGACGGAUACACUAUUGAAAUUUGCAAAGAUGGAACAGAGGACUGGAAGGCAGUCAACGAGGAUCUGCAGAAGUCUUGUCGUUAUGUGAUUAAGAACCAGACCACCGGAGACCGUCUGAAGAUCCGUGUGGUGGCGGUGAACGAGGGCGGACGCAGCCCUCCCGUGGCUCUGCCCGAGGCCGUCCUGGUCAAGGAAGUCGCCGAUCGCCCCAAAGUCCGCCUGCCCCGCUUCCUCAGGCAGAGAUAUGUCGCUCAUGUGGGAGACAAGAUCAACCUGACCAUCCCCUUCACAGGCAAACCCAAACCUGUCGUGAGCUGGAUAAAGAACGGCGAGCCCCUGGACACAAAGAGGGUCAACAUCCGCAGCACGGACAGAGACAGCAUCCUGUUCAUUCGCGCUGCGGAGAGAGACGACUCCGGCGUGUACGAGAUGGGAGUCAAAGUGGACGACUUUGAGGAUAAGGCUUCACUCAUUCUGCAGAUCGUCGAGCUGCCCGGACCUCCUGCCAGCAUCAAAAUCGCAGACGUGUGGGGCUUCAACGUGGCUCUGGAAUGGACCCCGCCUACAGACAACGGAAACACAGAAAUCACCGGUUACACGAUCCAGAAGGCCGACAAGAAGACCGGAGAUUGGUUCACCGUGGUGGAUCAUUAUCACCGAUUGAACGCCACUAUCUCUGACCUCAUCAUGGGCAACACCUACAAGUUCAGGGCAUUCGCCGAGAACAAGUGUGGAAUCAGUGAAGAAGCAACGGUGACGAAAGAGGAGGCCACGAUCCUGAAGACGGGUAUUGACUACAAACCACCUGAGUACAAAGAGCGCGAUUUUACUGAGCCCCCCAAGUUUACUACAAACCUGAGCGACAGAGCGACCACCGUCGGCUACAGCACCAAGCUGCUCUGCUCCGUCAGAGGAUCCCCAAAGCCCAAAAUCCAGUGGCUGAAAAACAAGAUGAUUAUCGGAGACGACCCUAAGUACAGGCAGAUCUGCGUCCAGGGAAUCUGCUCCCUGGAGAUCCGCAAACCCGGUAACUGGGACGGCGGCGUUUACACCUGCAAGGCCAAGAACAACCACGGAGAAGCCGCCGUCAGCUGCACGUUGGAGGUCAAACAGCCUGUGAAUCCCGAUGCAGAGAAGAAGUAA